AUCCUGAUCCACCAUCAGAUGUACAGGUGUUUGGGCAAGAAGAAAAUACAGUCUAUUUUUCUUGGAAACUACCAAGAGGAGGAUUUGAUAUGUUUCAGCUUUCAUAUUAUCUGAUGAAUAAUGAAAAGCUGCUUACCAGAACUGUUUAUGACAGCAGAGCUGUAGUGAAAAACCUGGCCCCUGGGACAGAGUACUUUUUUCAGUUAAGGACAGUUAAAGGCUUGGAUUCCUCUGUGGCUGUGGAGAAAAAAGUCAUCACAAAACCAGCUGGGAUAUGCGGUCUGGCAUUAAAAAUGGUAAAUACUUCCUCUGCAACUUUAAUGUGGAAUCCAACCAAGACUAACUUCACUUCUUAUAAAGCAUCUUUAUCAAACAACACCUUUAUAAACAAGUUCAGGAUUCCAGGAGCACUGACUGACUUCAGUGUUACAGACCUGACUGCUGGGAGCAUUUAUAAUUUCACACUGCAAAGACUAAGAGGAAAUAUUGAAGGAGCUUCUGCUUUCAUUGAAAUUGUAACAGAACCUGCAAAGCCAGAAGGGCUUAAAUUCUUCAAUGUUUCAUCAUAUUCUUUUUCACUGUAUUGGAGACUACCAUAUGGACAUGUAGACAGAUUUCACGUGGAUCUUGCUCCUGAUCAGGGUUCUGUUGUUAUCCUAGAUCUUGGACUUAGGGAGUAUCAAGCUGAUAUUUCUAAUACUAUUCCUGGAACAACAUACAAUGUUACAGUUUCUACAGUUUCUUCUUCACUCUACAGUUCACCUGCAAGUAGAACAGUGACAACAAAUGUGACAAAUCCUGGACCCCCUGUGUUCCUUGCAGGUGAAAGAGUGGGCUCUGCUGGGAUUCUGCUGUCGUGGAAUACACCACUGCAUCCCAAUGGGAGAAUUGUCUCCUAUAUUGUUAAAUAUAAAGAGGUCUGCCCGUGGAUGCAAACAGCUUAUACACAGGUCACAACAAAGCCAGAUAGUUUGGAAGUUCUUCUUACCAGUCUCAACCCUGGAACAACUUAUGAAAUUACGGUUGCUGCUGAGAACAGUGCUGGUGUUGGAAUAUUUAGCGAUCCUUUUCUUUUUCAGACUGCAGAAAGUGCUCCAGGUAAAGUAGUGAAUCUCACAGUUGAAGCCUUAAAUUAUUCAGCUGUAAAUCUGAUCUGGUUUCUCCCUCGGCAACCAAAUGGAAAGAUAACUAGUUUCAAGAUUAGUGUGAAACAUGCAAGAAGUGGAAUUGUAGUGAAAGAUGUCUUGGUUAAAGUAGAGGACCUUCUGUCUGGGAGGUUACCAGAAUGUAAUGAUAACAGUGAAUCCUUUUUGUGGAGUACUACCACUCCUUCAACUACUUUUGGCAAAUCCACAAUUCCUUCACGGACUACAGUUACACCAAGUACAGAAGCACCAAGUCAAAUGAGCUCGGUUUGGAAUGAACCAAUUAGUUUUGUUGUAACUAACCUCAGGCCGUAUACCACCUAUCUUUUUGAAGUCUCUGCAGUUACCACGGAAGCAGGUUAUAUUGAUAGUGCAAUUGUCCGGACACCAGAAUCAGUUCCAGAAGAUCCACCACAAAAUUUUGCCAAAAGCAACAUCACAGCAAAGUCUUUCUCAGUGAUGUGGGACCCACCAACCAUAGUAACAGGAAGGUUUAGUUACAGAGUUGAGCUGUAUGGACCAUCUGGUCAUAUUCUGGAUAACAGCACAAAAGAUCAUAAGUUCGUAUUUAGUAAUCUUGUGCCGUUUACAAUAUAUGAUGUGUAUGUCGGUGCUGAGACAAGUGCUGGGCUGGGGCCAAAGACUAACCUUACAGUUUUCACGCCUGCAGAUGUCCCAGGUACUGUAUCAGAUUUACAUCUAGCAGAAGUGGAAGCCACAUAUAUAAAAAUUGUUUGGAGGAAGCCACAACAACCAAAUGGAAUCAUUACCCAGUAUAGAGUUAAAGUACACAUGCAGGAAACAGAGGUGACUCUGGAAAACAGUAUUCUCAAAGGAAAAAAUAAGUAUUUGAUUGAUUCUUUGGAACCAUACAUGACAAAUGAAAACAUCAAGCCAUCUCCCACUUGGAAUUCAAUGGAAAUAGCCAAUGAAUUAUAUGAAGGUUCAGCUGAAAUGUUUCCCAGCAUUCAGACAGCUUCCCCAGUAAUAUUUACAAGUGUAUCUGGUGAUAAUUUGCCUGCUAUAGAUGGAGCUGCAGAAUUACAUUCUGCAUUGGAUAAUCAGUAUACCAUUAACAUUUUGGCUGAAGAACUGUCAUAUGUUAUAAAGGGCCUCAUACCUUUCACAGACUACACAAUCAGUGUGUCUGCUUUCACUGCUGUUGGAGAAGGACCACCAUCAGUUCUGACAGUCAGGACAUGUGAACAAGUUCCAAGCUCAGUACAAAAUAUAUCUUACAAGAAUAUUAGCUCCUCCUCUGUUUUGCUGUAUUGGGAUCCUCCAGCAAAUCCCAAUGGGAAAAUCAUUCAUUAUACUGUUUAUGCGAUGGAACUGGAUACAGAAAGAACAUUCCACACAACCACUUCAAACAACAGCUUACUUAUGACAGGUUUAAAAAAGUACACAAAUUAUAAAAUGAGAGUCGCAGCCUCUACCACAAUUGGAGAAAGUGCUUUAUCUGAAGAGAAUGAUGUUUUCGUGAGAACCCUUGAAGACGAACCAGACUCCCCACCCCAAAAUGUAGAGUUAAUAAAUGUAACUGCAACAGAAAUAAAUCUGAGAUGGUUACCACCUGAGCAGCCUAAUGGUCUCAUAACUCACUUUGAAGUUCUGUACAGUGAUUCCAAUGAUUUAUUUAUUAAAAAUGCCUCAUCUACAAGUAUAUCACUAAGUGAAAUGAAGCCAUAUACCCUCUACAACAUCUCUGUAAGGGCAUUCACCAGACUCGGCCAUGGGAAUCAGUCAUCUUCCCCACUUCUGGUGAGAACUUUGGAAACUGUUCCUGAUUCUGCACCAGAAAACAUAACCUAUAGGAACAUCUCAUCCAUGGAAAUUGAAUUAUCAUUUUUUCCACCAUCCAUUCCCAAUGGAAUCAUACAGACCUACACAAUAUAUCUCAAGAGGACUAAUGGAACUGAGCAAAGAGUCAUAAACACUACUCUUCUGAUGCUACGUAUUACAGAUUUAAAGAAAUAUACAGAAUAUACUGUAGAAGUGUCUGCUAGUACCACAAUGGGGGAGGGCCUUCGUAGUGCUCCUCUGCAUAUACUGACUGAUGAAGAUGCUCCAAGUUCUCCUCCAGAAUCCCUCUCCGUAAAACAGUUGUCGGGUGUCACUGUGAAGUUGUCAUGGAAACCUCCACUGGAGCCAAAUGGAAUUAUCCUCUAUUACACAGUUUACGUCUGGAAUAAAAUGUCAAAAAGGAGUGUUAAUGUAACAGAAACAUCACUGCAGUUCACAGACCUGGAAAAUAACUAUGAGUAUAGCGCUUACCUAACAGCAAGUACAAGAUUUGGAGAUGGCAACAUAAAAAGUGAUACUAUAAUAUUCAGAACUUCUGAAGGAG